UUGUUCUCACUCUUUUGUAAGAAGAAUAGCGCUCCAUGUCCACUACUGUAUAAGAGCAAAGCAGGAGAAGUUGGUGCAGGGCCACUUGCUGACGACAGCGAUGUUCGAUGAGCUGGCCGAAUUCAAGGACUGUGUGUGCUGGCAUAGUUGUUAUGACCACCAAGAAGAUGCUAGUAGGGUAUCAAGCAGGUUGUCUCUGGGCUUGAUACGGUGCAACGAAAACUUCAGGCAAGGCAUGAUGGAAAUUGUUCGUUAUGUAAACGAACAGUAUGUUCCUUAUGUUGACAAGAAACAUGUACUACGAGUUCAGUUCACAGGAGAUCAGAAAACUGCUGAAAGAAUUCAAUCCACUGUUACCUCUGCUCUGCAUGAGGAGACUGAGUAUGACAGGAUGGCUGGGUUAUUUACUCAUUCUGAAGAUUUCCAUUGUUCCGUGGCCUUUGUUGAUCUCAUACCAAAGUUUUUGAGAUGGGCACUCUUCUUCCAACAUUGAAACUUUUGCCAACUGGGUCAUUCAGUUCUGCAGAGGAGAAACAUUCCGGUUGAUGUCAAACACCACUUUCAACGGUGUAAUGCUUUUGUUGAAGAUAUAUUAGAAGGCUAUGUUGUGGCAUGUGCAAUGUGUUGCUUUGGUAUCAGUGAUGUCACUGAUGAAAUUUCUGUAGCUGACUCACUUCGCGUAUCUGAUAAAUCUGAAUGGUUACUAGCUGAGAUAGCCAAGAUUGUUGAUCCCUUUGUUUCUCAUGUGUUGUGAGACAGUGUAGCAAGCAUGACAUCAGACUUUCAUGAUCUGGCAUUGGGCAUUGAGGUUCCAUCAACAAAGGCAUACAGCAAAAGGAGAAAAAGGGUAAGCAAAAAAUCUGUUAGUUUUCACGUGUCCACCAUGCAUCAAUUGCAGUCACAGCCAAUACAGCCUGGUGAAGUAAUAUUCUGUUAUCUUGCAACAUGUGCAGCUGCAUUCACAAGCUCAGCGCUUUUCAUGACCCUCAGAAAUCUUUGCAUCUGGGAACUCUAGGGAUGGCAACAAUUCAGCCACAACAUUUACAGCAGUCACAAGUUAUUGAAGAUCGCAGUUUCUACUAUGCACAAAAUUUUGUAGCAAUGGCUUUGAAUUUCAGAGAUGCAGUAAAAGAAAUGCAUGACCCCCGACUCUUUCGCCUUUGGGAAUUGAAGAUGUUGUACUUCAAAGAAGCAGGUAGAAACAAGUAUGCAAGUGAAGACUUUUGCUUUCAGGCUGACCAAUAUGCACUACUAAGUGAUCAUGAGGCCUAUCAACAAUUCUGGAAUAGAGGCUGUAAUUAAUACACAUGGUGAUCAAGUCAACAACAUAUCUCUUUAUCUGAUAGUAGAACACUGCAGCAGCAACUUGAAAUAUAUGAUCCGACACCAUGGUGCCAAUGUGACCUUUAGUUCUGUUCAAACAGCAAGCAGGUGUGCCAAGCAAGCAGAAGAUUAAUUUUGAUGUGUUUGUCCAUCAAACCGGAUGCAAGACACCAUUCAUUUGCUGACUGGAAAGCUGAUGUUGCCAAAUUAGCUCAAGUGUUGCUUGAGAAUAAUUUAACAACUCGCGACUCAAGAGGUCGAUCACAUGGAAAAUUUCCAAAUUUUUCUCUCUCUAUUCUUGGUACCCUUGACCACUAAGUUAUGCAAGUGGCUAAAAGAGAGUAAUAGAUUUGAAUCAAUUGUUUGAGCUUUGUGCUCGUUUUAAGUAAAGUGUAGUUUCAUAUAUGCAGGGUUUGCCCCAGGAUUUUUUAGCAUGGCAGGCUGUCCCAUUUAGA